UGGAGGCCAGGUGUGGCAUAUGUAGAGCCAGCUGCGCCGUGCAUGCAGGUGGUGGUCCAGAGGCCCGCCUGCGUAGCGCCCCAGAGGUGGAGUUCCCUCCGCAUACGUCCCUGCAGCUGCUCCAGAGGCCUGCGCCGUUCCGCCGAUCCCCUGCAGGAGGACGGCGGCGGAGACAGGAGCGUAACCCUGCCCCCCAUGAGCCGCAGAGCGGGCCGAUUGCUGGCACAGGGGGCUGCCUGCGCUGCGUCCUGCGCGCGCCGCUGCAGCGUUUUCCCUCCGGCAGGCUGCAUGUUCGACUGAUGGCGUGCCUCGGCUUCUGCGCCGGUGCGUUGGUGCGAGGGAUCGUGCUUGCCGAGGGGUUGGUGCCAUGGUGGUUCCCCCCUCGCCCGCGCUGGCCGGGGUCGCUUCGGCGUUGGCAGUGGGCUCAGGCCGGCAGCUGUUUUGAGCCGCGCGGGGUUGCGCGUGUGGCAUUCAGGUCCCGCUCGGCCGCGGCUCGGCGGGCUCGCCUGGCGUGGCCGACGAAGGUCCCGAUCAUCAUUGUCUUCAU